AAAGAGAUAGUUAUGCGUGGGGGGCAGCUGCCAUUGCGAAACUCAAGGAAUCGAUGAGCAACAUAAAGAAAUCUGUGCGUGAUAAUGAUAAAUAUUCAAGUAUUUAUGGUUUCUCUUUGGCUCUAUCGGUAUUUGCCUUAGAGCGUUUUCCAUUCAUCCGCGUUGAAUAUGCCCCAGUAUCGGACUAUCCCUUAUUUUUCAGGUGGAUGAAGAUAGUGUAUAAACCAUUCAAGCAAACUCAAACCGUUAAGGGGGUGAAAGCGUUUCUAGAUAGGUUUAGAGGAUUGAGGAAAGAAGAUGUCACUUGGCAACCAUAUAUAGAUAGACCAGCACAAUGUCAUACCUAUCAGCUAGACAUGAUUUAUGCAUAUGUGCCAUGCAUACAUUUUGCUGACAUAGCUUUAAAUCGGGCUGAUUUGUGUUAUGAACAACUGGGAUUGAGGAUGGAGGACCUUCGUAUGCCUUUGCCUACCAUAGAAAAAAGGAGAUAAUCUCUCAUAGCAAGCACAGAAAUGUCGAUUGGAGAGUGCACAAGGAAAAAUAUGGAUACCGGGAGUACAAUAAAAUAUGGACGGACCGGAACUCAUAUUUAGUGAUUCCACAGCAAGCCUCUCCUUCUCCCCAGCAAAGCUCUUCUCACCAUUCUCAAGGCAAUGAGGUGAGUGGUAUUUAUUUAUUUAUUUUUCUUAUUCUGAUUUGGUUAUUUAUUUAUUUAUUUAUUUUUAUUAUUCUGAUUCUGAUUAAACCUAACCGACUGAAUUUCUAUUUAUGAUUGGCAGGAUGAAGACCGGCAAAGCUCUCGUCGCCAUCCAACUCCAACUCAAACUCCAACUCGAGUGCA